GAGACAUGGCAUUGGUGAAUCGCUACAUUCUGGUCGAGUAUGAUGUAGGAGGUCCGAGGUUGUGGCAUGAGAGGUCGCUCUCCAAGAGCGCCAGGCAGCGGGAGCACCUGCGGGCACAAGCUGUUCCUGUGGCAGCAGUUGGGGUGGCAGCCCUUCUUGCGGUCGCUGGGCCCCUUGUGCCUGCUGGUGCGGCACCCCAUGCCUGCGGUGUCUUGAAAUGGAUGGCGGCUGAGACGGCUGCGGGUUACAGGUAUGGAGACCCCGUUGUUGGGGUUACGGCGGCUAGUGCUCGUGGUGCCAAAGCAGUGCAUGUGGAGAAUGGGAUCCCUAUUUUUGUUGAGUGUGUUGAUGGAGCAGAUUUCACUGUUUUCAUGUCACGCCCCGCCAAGUGUGAUCAUCGCAUCUUGGCCGUAGAGAUGAAUGCUUCGGGUCAACCUGAGAGGACGCUGAAGGAUGCCGCUUCGGCCUUGUCUGAAACAGCGGUGAAGUGGACCCUCACUGGUCCUCGGACGUCCAAGUGGUGCAUCAACUAUUUGGCCAUUGAGGGAUUGGGUUUUGAGGGUCACCACGAGAGACUGCGGCAGGUGACACGCGCAGAUUCUUCAUCCUGGGGCAUACAAGAGCAUUUUCAGAUUUCAAUGUCUUUGAGGCAGGCCUUGUUGGUUGAUCAGCUCAAUGGGUGCAACCUCUUGAGCGUUGAAGUGCAGUUCAGGAGGUUGCAGACCAUUGAAUACAGCUAUGCCGAGAAGGCGCGUGAACAAGAGUCAAAGGCGGUUGGAGGCAGACUGACAUUGGAGGAGCAGACAACCUUCGGUGGCAUGACUCGGCAAUACAGUACGUUGAUGAUUUGUCCAGAAUUGCUGGACUAUGUCCGGACUGAAACUGAGAGAGAGGCGACUCUUGCAAAAAGUCUGCGGAAGGCCAGAGAGGAGCGGGAGGCCUUGCGAAAAGGCCAAAACCAAAAGACGAAGGGCAAGCAGGAGGAGGUGCAGAGUACAGUCAAUGUUUUGAACAUGAUGCAUGGUGGGACGGGCGGCCCUAUGUCUCCGAAAGGUGAUAUCAGUAGUGGUCAGCAAAAAGUCCUGGAAUUCAUUGAGCAGUCAGUUGCGGCUUUGGGAAGCCCACCUCAACUUUCUGGCCCAGAGGCCCUAGAGGAGCUUCGGGUGAGUGUUGGGUACGGAGAGACGCCAGCUUCGUGCCCACUCGGUUCCUUUGAUCCCGCGUCCGUCUCAUUGGCUUCUGGAGAGAUACGACCGGUCGCUCUGGAAAAACUUUGGGGUGAAGGCGGGCAACAAGUGGUGAAGGAAUUUUCAUCACAAAUGCUUGGUCCGGAUGAGGUCCAUGCCAAGCUGAGAGCUAGUGGUGAUGUGCGGAUUUACAAUGACCCCAAGCUGAACGACCCCAAAGAAUAUGGAGCCUUCAUUAGCCGACUGCAUUCCUUAGGUCUUGCUGAGUUUUGUUUGGAGCCGCAGGAGGAAGAAGUAGGGCUGUUUUUUGUGAAGAAGAAGCAAAACCGCCUGAGGCUGAUCAUGGACUGCCGCAGGGCGAAUCUCCAUUUUGCAGAGCCAUCCACCGUUGAGCUUGCAACCGGCGAUGCGCUGGGAAAGCUAGAGGUGGGCAGAGCUGAUACUCUGUAUUUGGCAUCAGCAGAUCUUGCAAACGCCUUUUAUACACUGGAGCUGCCGGCAGAGUGGCGGCGCUUUUUUGGUUUUAGACGGGUCAGAGCUGUGCACCUUGGUGUGGUUGAGGUGAAUGGCCAGGCUGUCGCACCUGACACCUGGGUGUACCCACGGACCUUGGUGGUUCCCAUGGGUUGGGCCUGGGCAUUGUGGUGGUGCCAGAGUGUGAAUGAGAGGAUAUGCGAGCGGAGUGGUUUGGCAGCAUGUCAUAGAGUGCGAGAUGGUUUUCCAAUUCCUGGUGGCUCUUUCUGGCAUUUGCAGUAUGUAGAUAACUUGCAUGUGUUGGGAACUGACAAAACAGAAGUAGAGAAAAAGUUUUGGGAUGCGGUGCGAGGUUUGAGGGAAGCAGGUUUGACAGUGCAUGAGAUAGAGUUCAGCGAGUCAACCGUCAACAUGCUUGGGUGGCAGAUAGAGGAGAAAGGGGUUCUACGCCCAACCUACAAGCGAAUCUGGCGGAUCAGGAUUGCGAUCCGGGAGUUGCUCUCCCGUGGGCGAAUGACUGGACAACAGCUGGAACGUUUGAUUGGGCAUAUGACUUUUGUGUCACUUUGCCGUCGUGAGGCCUUAGCGGUGCUUGGUGAGGUAUACACCUUCAUCAGACGGCAUUACCUUGAAUGCGUAGAGCUGUUGACAGAGCAGCGCUCAGUCAAGAAGCAGAGGCGAGGCCUUCACCAUGCGGGUCCAAGACAUUGUGACAUUGUGUUCCCAGUCAAGCGAGCCGGCAAAGCAUACAAGCACUUCUCAAUACUGCUGCACCCCUCGGAAGAGGGGAUUCCGUCCAAGACGAAACAGUGGGACGAAAUGCUGAGUAUAGACCUGAAACACAUGAAGUUCUUGGGACCAGCUCUGGAACAAAUUCUGGACCUCAAGAACAGGGCAGGUGCAGACAAAGCAUUUACAAUCAGCCUGGAGGACGUGAACCAGUUCAUGGAAAGCAACUGGGAGCCUCUGGGCCUCAAGCCGCUGGGAAAGCCUCACGCAUACAGGUUGCGCCACGGAGGUGCCAGCUACGAGGCAGCCUUGAAGCUGCGCACACUGGCAUCGAUACAGAGCAGAGGGCGAUGGCAGACGUUGAAAAGUGUCAAGAAUUACGAGAAGGGUUCAAGACUGGCGCAGCUCUUUGGCAGUCUCAGCAAAGCAACAAGAGACAAGGCCGUGCGAGCAAGAAAGGACGUCGUGCAAGUCUUGUCUGGAAAGCUUUAG